AUGCUCGAACUUCGACCGAUAACUCCAAUGAUUCCCAAUGCACCCGCAUCAAGCACGGGCCGUCGACAGCAGAAUGCCAUCGCCUGCGAGGAAUGCCGUGCUCGAAAACUGCGCUGUGAUAUGGGAGAGCCGCAGUGUACCACCUGUUCCAACCUAAACAUUCCAUGCAUCGUCAACACCGCUCGUCGCCCGCGGGGUCCAAGAAAAGGACAUGUUAAGAUCCUCAAAGCUCGCAUCUCCACCCUUGAACGCCAACUGAACGAGCACACCGAGGCGCAAAUGGCUACCAGGAGGAAUGUGGAAGGAGGCAGCGUGACAGCAGCCCAGCCAGUCUUGGACGCAGAGCAGUCUUUGAAUUUGGACCUUGACGACAGAUGUAUUGAUGGGGACGGUGGUGUCCAGUGCUCGCUGAAUUUGUCAGAGGACAAUACCAACAACUACAUGGAAGGUCAGGCCUCUGGGGCUCUCACGUGGUCAUCGUCAGUCCCGUCCGUAGAUCUCGACAGUGAGUGGAGCAAACACAUCGAGUCCCUUCCGGACUCCGCGUACUUUUCGUCUACACUGUCGCUACCAGGUGAUACUGUACCCAACUCCACGUCGGCAUGGCCCAUGGAAAUUGGCAUGCAGCCAGUAGAACUGGACCCUUCCUCAGGCGUUGGGUAUCCGCUCCUCACUGGCCCGCCUCCUGUGCAGAUGUCUGCCCUGGAACGUGCAGAUCUAGACGACCUUUUCUUUGAGCGAGUUUACGUCUUCGCCCCGAUACUCAACCAGCAACGGUAUUACGCUCGCUCGGCUCGCGAGCUGGAUACAGGUGAGCCCUUCGCAUGCCUGCAAUAUGCCAUGCGGACCGUGGCGGCAUCAAUGUGUAGUCGAUUUAAGGGAGUCCUGCCCCUCCUUUACGAACACGCACACUGUAUUCUGAAUGCUUGGGAGCAGAAGUUACCAGACGAGGCAGUCCCCAUUGAGCUGGUGCAGGCCCGUCUACUGUUAGCCAUAUAUGAGAUUCUCAAAACAAAUCCGCGGAAAGGCUGGAUCAGCGCCAGUCGCUGUUUCCAUCUCGUUCAUCUCGUGAAGCUGGACGAAAUAGAUAACCCAAAGUCCUGGAAGACUUCUACUCUCUCUUGGGUCGAGGUAGAGGAGCGACGAAGGACCUUCUGGACUGCCUACGCGCUGGAUCGCUAUGCUAAUUUUGUCAAUGGUCUCCCAAUAAUUUUGAACGAUCACAUGGUUCUCACCUGUUUACCCGCUCCAGAGGCGGCCUUUCGACGCCAGCAAGGGGUCAAAACGGAAUUCCUGGCCACAGCCAUGGAUCGAAUAAACGACAAACAGCUAUCAUCCUACGCGAAAUCCAUCGUUGUCGUCACAAUCCUGGCGCGCUGCCUCUCCCACCACAGCCAGUGCAAAGUGGAAGGCAUCAUACAUCCAUCAUCCGAGCAAUCCCUCGUCCGCCACAGGACACUCGACACCAUCCUCUGUCAGGAAGUUCGAGUGUCAAUGACUGCGGCCUAUUCUGACAUGGAAUCAUGUCAUCCCGAGUACAUCUUUACCAAGAUGCUAGCGCAAGCUGCUUUUCUGGUCCUCUUCACCGCGCUGGAAUCAGUGCCACACCAUGACUUGUGCAGGGAGUACGAGAAGAAGGCUUUCAAGGCCGCGGAGACGAUACAUAGCCUGGCGCAAGGACUGCCACAGCUGGGGUGCUUCAGGGUACACCCUUUCACGCCGAUUGCCUUGUUUAUCUGUGCCGAUUUCUUGCGCUCGCACAAGAAGUUGAAUCGGAAUAACGCAGCGCAAUUCGACACCAUCUGUGCUAGUCUGCGGCACCUGGCUCCGGUCAACAACCUAGCCCAAAUGCUUGAGUUUGAGCUCCAGCGAAACACCGAGACUUUUUCACACUGCUCGGGACAUGUAACCCGCCGCCUCACGUGA